UAUAUGUACACACUCAGUUGGUGUGGUCGAAGACUCUUGCCUCUGCCCAAAUGGCCGAUGAAUUAUUUGUUCCUUUAUAUGAAAAAAUUGCUCGUAAAAACACUAUACAAAGAUCCUUGGAUAUUACUCUAUUGUUCCUUCUAGUCUCACUCCUUGGUUAUCGUCUCUUUUGUCUCAAUAAUCAUGGACUCCCUUGGUUUAUUGCUUUGGUAUGCGAGUUAUGGUUCACCUUCAAUUGGGUUCUUGUUGUUAACUGCAAAUGGAGUCCAGUGGAAUACAAAACAUACCCAGAAAACCUCGAAAGAAGGUUUCCUGAGCUUCCCAACGUAGACAUGUUUGUUACUACUGCAGACCCUGUGCUAGAACCGCCAAUCAUUGCCGUAAAUACCGUUCUCUCGCUAUUGGCUGCUGAUUAUCCAGCAGACAAGCUAGCUUGCUAUGUCUCGGACGAUGGCUGUUCCCCUCUCACCUUUUACUCUCUGGUGGAAGCAUCAAAAUUCGCUAAGCUUUGGGUUCCAUUUUGUAAGAAGUAUAAAAUUCAAGUUCGAGCUCCCUUCAGAUACUUUUUUGGUGAUUCCGAACCCUCAAGUACUGACGGUAAUUUAGAGUUCCAACAAGAUUGGUUAAAGAUGAAGGCCGAGUAUGAAGUCCUUGCUCGGAAAAUAGAGGAAGCAGCCAGGAAAUCAGUCCCAUGUGAUCUAACCGGCGACUUUGCUGUUUUCUGUGAUGUUGAACGCCGCAACCAUCCAACUAUAAUCAAGAUUAUAGUGGACAACAAGGAAAUUCAUUCAAAUGCGGUGGUGCCCAACUUUGUUUACAUAUCCAGAGAGAAGGCGCCAAAGCAGCCACAUCACUACAAAGCGGGCGCCAUGAACGUACUGACUAGAGUGUCAGGAGUGAUGACGAAUGCUCCCUUCAUUCUGAACGUCGACUGCGAUAUGUUUGUGAACAAUCCACAAGUUUUUCGUUAUGCAAUGUGUCAGCUUCUUGGCUCCAAAAAUGAAAGAGAAACUGCAUUUGUUCAGUAUCCUCAAGUUUUUUAUGAUGGAUUAAGGGAUGAUCCGUAUGGGAAUCAGUUUGUUGUGCCUUAUCAAUAUAUGUGCCGAGGAAUAGCUGGAAUCCAAGGACCUUUCUAUGGGGGAACAGGUUGUUUUCAUAGACGAAAGGUCAUAUAUGGUGUAUGGCCACGUGAUCGAGAAAUUGAAGCUCGAAAUUGUACUUCCAUCAAUGGAAAAUCAGUAGAUGAUACAUUGCUAAAAGAAUUUGGAAAUUCAGAGGAGUUAAUCAACUCGGCAGUGCAAGCUUUGAAAGGGAAGAAGGGUUUUCCAAACAAUUUAUCGAAUUCUCUUGAGGCAGCAUGCAAAGUCGCUAGUUGCAGCUAUGAAUAUGGUACUAGCUGGGGCACAAAGUGCGGAUGGAUAUAUGGAGCCACAGCAGAAGAUCUCCUCACUGGUCUGAAGAUUCAUGCGAAAGGGUGGAACUCCGCUUUACACAUGCCAGAGCUACCGGGCUUUAUGGGGUGUACACCAUCUGGGGGCCCGGAAGCAAUGGCUCAGCAGAAGAGAUGGGCUACAGGUCUAGCGGAAAUUCUCGUUGGCAAAAAUUGCCCCAUAAUUGCUACUCUGACUGCCAAGCUCCAAUUCAGGAUGUGCUUAGCCUACCUCUGGAUUCUGUUUUGGGGCCUACGCUCAAUUCCCCAGCUUUGUUAUGCCGCUCUGCCUGCAUAUUGCAUCCUUGCAAACUCACAUUUCUUGCCCAAGGUCGAAGAACCAGCUAUAUGGAUUCCUAUUGCCACUUUUGUUACUUACAACCUGCACACUCUAAGAGAGUACCUAAAGGCUGGCUUGUCAAUCCGAGCCUGGUGGAAUAACCUGAGAAUGGGAAGCAUAACAGCAACCUCUGCGUAUUUGUUUGGACUGUUUGCUGCCAUUCUCAAACUCUUGAGAAUAUCUGAAACAGUCUUUGAAGUUACUCAGAAGGAUCAAUCUUGUGAUGGUGAUGGCCCUGAUGUGACUAAAUUCACCUUCAAUGAGUCUGCAGUUUUCGUGCCGGGCACGACGCUUUUGCUGGUGCACCUGAUUUCUCUGCUUUGCCUUUCAUCAAAGUUGCCAACGCCAGUUCAUGAUAUACACGGGGUAGGGCUAGGGGAGGUCUUUUGUAGCCUGUGGGUCGUGUUAUGCUUCUGGCCAUUUCUGAACGGACUGUUUGAGAGAGGAAAGUAUGGGAUUCCACUUUCAACCAUACUCAAGUCAGCUGCAUUGGCAUUACUAUUUGUUCAUUUUUGUAGAACUUGAAGAGUUUGGGACUUGGGGUAGAAUUCGGUUAUUGUUAUCGAAUUACAUUGUUUUAUUUAAAUUAAGCUUGUUAAAUCUAUCCCCUCUGUAUUGUUGGAAACGCUGUUUGAAAAUAAAAUUACAUUUUCUUAAUCUUGAAACUGAUAUAGAGACGCUAGGUGCUAGGGCUUGCACUGGUUUUAGCACUCAACUUUGCAAUGCAAGUCAGUUAAAAGGAA